AUGGCCGUGCUGCUUGCGUAUUACUUUCACAACGUCUGUGCCAUCAAUUCUUGCUUUGAUUCCUUCGCCAAUCCGCUGCGCACCGAGGUCGCCGCUCUCCUCACCACGUCGCGCCUGAUCGAAUUCUGCAUUUUGAGCAUGUCGGCCGCCCAUCUGAGCAACUCUCAUCCACACUGGUCACUGGAAGGGCUGGGAUAUCUCACCGCGACGGUGACCGAGCUGUCAAAGGCGAUGAGCGGCGUCAUAACCACCGUGCGCCCUUUGUCAACCACCGCCACGGAUCAAGACCUGGGUACUGUCCUACUAGGAGUUAUCAUGCUGGGCAUGACCACCUCCUGGCACGCUUCAUCAGGUCUAGGCCUCGAACACAUUUCCGGAUCACGCGCCCUGUUUCGGACAUGGAUCGCGCAAGGGUUCAAAUCUGCCACCCUCGAGUGGCCGCGUUUGCAUUUCUACCUGGGGCUUCAGGCUUACUGGGAGGCAAUGGCUUCUUUCUUGAUCGACCAGGACAUCCACCAGCUGGACUAUCUGUAUAUUUCCUUCGCGAUCGAUCGGAUGAAGGCCGUAACUGUUCAUCCCUGGACGGGAAUCAGUGCGGUUCCAUGGUUGUACUUGGCCCAAGCCGGGUGUGUGAUUCGGUCCAAACGAAAGCGAGACUGUGGCGAGCUCUCAAGCACCAAGGCCGUCACUUCCCAUCGGCCCCUGGCAGAAGUCUCUCAUGUCGCGCAUGGUCCUGCGAAGGAGCUUUUGCACUACCGGCCCCCAAGCGACGCACAGAUUGAGGAUACAUUCGACGAGCAGACCUCAAAGUCACAACUCCAAGAUCUCGCACGGUGUUGCCAGCUUGCAGCACUGAUGGAGUUUAUUCGCUCGUGCGACUCCCUUGAGGAACAGCAAGCAAUGUCCAAGUUGAUCGCCGAUAACAUGGGAACUUCGUCGCUUUCCGUGGACGUACGACCAGACGCAACAUGCACAGAACUCCUGCGUGACUUGUCGGUGCAAAUACUACGACUGAUAUCGGGCAUUCCAACCAACUCGGGUGCCCGAUGUCUGUAUCAUCUCCCUUUAUUGAUCGCUGGAAGUGUGCUUUUGCCGUCUAUCAUGGGCGUCUCGUCGCCCACAGAGGGCGGCGAUGUCACGAGCGACUGUACUAUUUCCUACUGGCGGCGAUUCGUCAUGGAGAGGGUCGUGCACCUCGAGCAAUCCGUCAACCUGGAAGCCCAUCGGAGGAUCAGAUUUCUUUUGACGGAAGUUUGGGCGCGAGGCGACGCUGUGCCUGUGCAGCAAUACCAGCCGCUGACCCCAAGAAGUCUGCAUUGGGUGGACGUGAUGGAGGAUGCGAACCUGCGAGAUUGUCCGCAUCAACGCAGGAAUGCCGACGUGGACUAUAUCCUGCAAGUCCUCGACCGCGACGGGGGCAUCAUCAUCGAAAAUUUCAUCGACCCGGGAGCGGCGGCCCAAAUCCGAGCGGACCUCAAGCCCUACUUCGACUCCGACGGCGGCGAUGUCUCUGGGUUCUUCCCCCAAACCACGCGCCGAGCCAUCGGGCUGCUGGGGAUUUCCGACGCAUGCGUCGAUCUGGCUCUGAAUCCCAUCCUCACCGAGGUUGCUUCCCGCCUGUUGACGUCCACGUAUGAAUACUGGGUCGGGCAAGAACGGCACACGGCCGUGUCCAAGCCGCAGAUUUCCAGCACGGUGGGGUUCCAGGUCAACCCGGGCGGCCAGCAGCAGGGCCUCCAUCGCGACGAGAUCGACUACCACACCGCCCCGGGCGCGACACCGAUGAUGCUCGGCGCCGUCACGGCGGUGGUCAAGACGACCAAGGCCAACGGCGCGACCAUUGCGAUCCCCGGAUCGCACAAGUGGGGGGACGAGCGCGCGCCGUUCGACCACGAAGCCGUCCCGGCCGAGCUCAAUCCGGGCGACACGUUCCUGUUUCUGGGAGGCACGUACCAUGCUGGCGGCGCCAACUCGACGACGGACGAAGCGCGCGAGACGGUGGGCAUCUUUCUGUGCAAGGGCAUGUAUCGGCAGGUGGAGAACCAGUAUUUCAUGGUCCCGCCGGAAAAGGCCAACCGGCUGUCGCCCAGGGCGCAGCGGCUGCUGGGAUAUGCGAUCAGCCCGCCGUUCUGCGGGUUCGUCAAUUACAAGGAUCCCAUGGAGGCGAUAUUUGGCGUGAAUGACGCGGAAACGGUCAAGAUAUGA